AUGGUGGCCCAAUUUGUGUGGGCGUUGUUGUUGUUCAGCGUGCUGGACUGCCGUUGUGACUAUCCGUUCAGGAAUGUCUCCUUGCCGUGGGAAGUACGUGUUAAUGACUUGGUCAGCAGGCUCACCCUGGAUGAGAUCGUACCCCAGAUGGCCAAAACUCAGCCAGCUCCCGCCAUUGACCGCUUUGAUAUAAAACCGUACGACUGGGAUACCGAGUGUUUGAGGGGAGACGUGCACGCGGGAGUAGCCACGUCAUUUCCCCAGUCUCUUGGACUGGCGGCAUCGUUCAACCCAUCACUUGUAUAUACGAUAGCAGAGGUUUCGUCAGUGGAAGUAAGGGCUAAACACAACAACUAUACCAAGGCUGGGAUUUACGGAAAACACACAGGCCUGAGCUGCUUCAGUCCCGUCAUCAACAUCAUGAGACAUCCUCUGUGGGGCAGAAACCAGGAAACCUAUGGUGAAGAUCCGUUCAUGAAUGGUCUGUACGCUCAGCAUUUCGUGGCCGGCUUACAGGGAGAUCAUCCACGUUACGUCCGGGCAAGCGCCGGAUGUAAACAUUUUGACGCCCACGGUGGUCCGGACAAUAUUCCCGUUCAAAGAAGCUCUUUUAAUGCGAAGGUGACGGACAGGGACUGGCGGCUGACGUUUCUUCCAGCCUUCAGGAUGUGUGUCGAAGCUGGAACAUUCAGUUUAAUGUGCAGCUACAACAGCUUGAACGGCAUUCCCGCCUGUGCCAACAGUAAGCUGCUGACGGACGUGUUGCGUGGGGAGUGGGGUUUCAGUGGUUAUGUCGUCAGCGACGGUAGUGCGGUGGAGAAUGUGGCUAGAGCCCACCAUUACACGAACACCAGCGUCCAGACUGUGGCGGUCUGUGUAAACGCCGGAUGUAACUUGGAACUGGAAACACAUCAGGACAACGACAGCUAUAUGCAAAUGGCUGAGGCCGUGUCAGAAGGUAUGUUGACGACAGAGAAGGUAGUAGAAAGUGUCAAACCCCUGUUUUACACCAGAAUGAGGCUCGGCGAAUUUGACCCACCGGAAAUGAACCCUUUCACCAAAAUUGAUCUCAGUGUCAUCGAGAGUCCCUUGCACGUGGCCAUCUCGCGGGAUGCUGCGGUACAGACAAUCGUGCUUCUAAAAAAUAUCAACAACUUCCUGCCAUUGAAAGGAAAUGGCGACAUCAAAACUAUCGCUGUUGUAGGUCCGAUGUCCAACGACGGAAGGCAGUUGUUUGGUGACUAUGCCGCAGCCUCCCCCUCAAAGUACAUAAUCACCCCUUAUGCCGCUCUGAAGUCCCUCAGCCCCGACACCCGACAGGCAAAUGGCUGUUCAUCCCCGUUUUGUACGGAUUACAAACCCGCCGACAUGGCCGUCAUCUCUGGUUCCCAACUCGUCAUUGUCUGCUUGGGGACUGGAAGUGACAUCGAAAGCGAAGCUAACGACCGAGCUGACAUGAAUCUCCCUGGUCAACAGCUACAGUUGCUGCAGGACGCCGUGAAGUACGCCAAUGGAACUCCCGUGAUCCUUGUCCUCUUUAACGCCGGUCCUCUUGACAUUACGUGGGCGGAUGAGAAUCCGGAUGUUACGUCAAUUCUCGAGUGUUUCUUCCCUGCCCAGGAGGCUGGUGCAGCCUUGCUUCAGGUGGUCCAAGGUGUGGCGAGUCCUGCUGGACGACUUCCGUUCACGUGGUACCGGGCAGUCAAUCAGACCCCAGGGAUUACGAAUUACACAAUGUCAGAGCGUACCUACCGUUACUUUACCGGAGACCCCCUGUACCCGUUCGGCUAUGGUCUGUCCUAUACCAACUUCACUUACACAGAUAUCAGUCUCGGUAGUUCCACAAUACUGGCCGGUCAGGAGCAAACCGUGGCCGUCACUCUCCACAACUCGGGAAAAGUCGUCAGUGAUGAGGUCGUCCAGGUUUACAUCAGUUGGUCUAACGCCAGUACACCCAUGCCUAAACUUCAGUUAGUGGCCUUUAAUAGAAUAGAAAAGUUAUCCCCAAACGAGGUUGACGUAAAACUAGCCCUCGAGUUUACGAUCCAAGCUCACCAGAUGGCGCAGUGGGACGAUACUUCCGGACAGUUUUUCAUUGAACCAGGUGAGAUAAUGGUGUACGCCGGAGGCCAACAGCCUGACCAGAGGAAAUCUGUCGGCUCUAAUGUUCUACAAACCAGCUUCGUCAUCAAAGGGCAGAAAUAUUUAGGCAGUUUUUAAUAAUUACACACUGUAAAUCAACAAAGAAAGAACUUACUGUCUUCAAGUUGUCAUGUAAUUAUAUUUGCAUUUUAUAUCGAUGUUAUUAUU